GGGCAGGGGUGCUGGGCAGCCUGAUGCCCCUGGAAAGCCAUCACAUGGGACUGGUCUCCAUCUCUCUCACAUCGGAUGCUCUCGGAGGUGGCAUCCCACACCUGGACACCCUCUCCAGCCACGGGGCUGAUGUCUCCUUUCACCCUCCCCUCCCCAGCAUGUCCCAGGCUGGUGGCAGCCCCUGGGCAGAGGACACAGGGCCAUGUGUCAAGGCACACUCAUGCACGCCGAGCCGGGGCAGCCAGCGGUUUGAGUGCAUCAUCUGUUACUCCUCCUACGACCUGUGUGGCCGGCUGCCGCGCCGGCUCUACUGCGGCCAUACCUUCUGCCAAGACUGCCUGAAACGCCUCGACACUGUUGCCAACGAGCAGCGCUGGAUCCCUUGCCCACAGUGCCGCCAAAAUACACCCAUGCCGCGUGGCGGCGUUGCCACACUCGACCUUGACCUGGCCACCUUCCUUGCUGUCAAGGCUGACAAGGAGCAUCCCCGGGUGGCCAGCAGGUCCCAGCCUGACUCAGCCACCAAGGGCUCAUGCAAAGAGAAGGUGGUUACUCAGCAGCCAGUGGGGCUGUGCCAAGACACGGUGCCUCCGGCGCUGUUCCCCCAGCGUGGCUGCUGCCGGCCGUGCCUGUGCUGUGGGAUGAUGGCAGCCUUUGAGAGCUGAGCACAAGGAUGGGGCUGCUGGCAGAGCUUCUGGGGUGCAGUCUGGGACCAUUUCUGGGGACCCUGCACCAUGCCUCAGACCUAUGUGUGGACAGUGGUGCUGUGGCUGUGUUGGCAGCCUGGAAAGGACUUCAGCUUGCUCAGGGCUUGUUGUCCAUCCUGCUGGGAUCUGGAGUGCAACAGCGGGGAUGAAGAUGCCCCUGCCCCCUCAUUAUGCCCACCUGCCCCUCUGACAACUCAGAAAUUUGGUCCAGCCAUCAAGGAUGUUCCCUGGUCCUUGGCCCAGGGCUAGCUCAUGCCCUACUUCUCCAUGAGUGUGGAUCCACAGCAGGGACACUUCCACCAAGCA